AUGGGUUUUCUUGACGGUCUUUUGUUCUUUCCAUCAGCAAAGAGCGGCGAUAAAGCUCCGGCUGCCACAUGGUCACGGUCGCGGGCAGCAAGUUCUCCUCGCCGGUCGGAUAUCGUCCCUCUCACUCCGCAGACGCUGGAGAAAGAAGCACAUCAAGACUUGCCAAAGCCCUUGGAUGUCGAACUCGCCAGAAGUCUCCUCGGACAAGAACGUGAUUCAUCCAAUCUCAGAUCUGGCAGCGAAGAGCAGGCUGUGAGCUCUCUUGAAGACGCAAUUGAUGGUGUUACGGAUAACAACGAGGCCUUUGAGAAUCAUGGAUUGGAUCGAUACAUCACGGCGACGUCCAAGAAUCCGGAAACUCCACAGGUAGCGUCCACUGAAACAGAUGGAAUGCCUUCCUCACGCUCCGGUACGUCCAGGAGGGCUCGUCUGCGGCAUAAGAGCUCCAGAGGACUUGCAGCGGUUAAGAGGUUCCUCCGCCACGGGAAGUCAACGCUGAGACAGUCUUCUCUCGACGAAGAAGGGAAACAGGCUCAAAGCACGGCCGCUGCAGUUGCUGCUGGCGAUACACAAGAUCGAGUACCCGCUGAUGCUCCCAAAAUUCUCGACGAUCCAUGGGCUCCUCGCAUGGCUGCCGUCAACGAGUCGGCUAUACGAACAAGCAGUCCGAGAGAACCGUCUGAUCCAAGGAAGGUUAGCGACAAGACUGUUCUGUCCGAGUCUUCGGAUAAGACCACAAUGACGGUCUGUCGCCGACCGUCCAGGCGUGUUAGCAGCCCAAUAACGACAGUAGACAGUAACUAUAUAUAUCCGAAUGAGUUUGAGGACCCGAAGCCAGCAACAGUAUCGAGGUCUUACGAACCGGAUUUGCACGCGCAUCCUCCCAGGGUCUCAAGUUCAGUAUACAGUGACGAUUUCAGUUCCCACGACGUUACUCUGUCCACUCACCCGUCUCAAAGGUCAAGCAGCCAAAUGAUCUACCAACGAUCGCCGCCACCUAAAUCCAAUCUGUCUCUGGAGACACUCUCUCAGCGAUUGUUCUCCGAUGUCAGCACGCAGUCGGGACAAUAUCGUCAACAGAGGGCUGCGCGUGAAUUCAACAGACUUGCCUCCAGCCUCAGGCUGUACCCACUGGUUUUGAGAGAAAAUAGUGUAUCCGUCGUCAGCAAUCCCCGGGUUACCGCUUCAGAAAAGUCCAGCAAAUAUAAAGAUAACAUACUUCGCAAGAUCCGGAGCAUGCGAUCCAGUUUUCGUUUAGGACAUACACGGAGUCGAAGCGGGCUAGGUUUACGGCGAAUGAAGACGUUUGCCAGCUUGUCAAGUCGGUAUUAUCAGAUGGAUUCGCUCCGGGGCAGAAGUCUGGAAACGCUGGCUCGAUUGGGCGGGUGUAGUUUUCUCACGUUUCCUGCGGACUUUGCCCCGGCGACCCUCAGGCUGCCGACUUGUAUCGUGGCGACGAUAUCCUACCUGAAAAGCCAUGCAUCCAAGACACGGCACGUCUUUUUUGACUCGGGGGAUCUGCGAGUAGCGGUCCGGGUAUAUGAUCACUUUGCGAACCAAGUGUUGUCGGCAGAGAGAGCGAAAGAGAAAGUAGAUAUUACGUUGAGAGGAAGUGAGCUCCCAUGCGAGGCACUGGGGUCUGAGUCUGAAGCGUUCUUGCGGGGCCGAUUCCACGCUCUCAGUGUGGCAUGUGUCUUCAAGCAGCUGCUAGCAGGGUUGCCAGGAGGCAUCUUGGGAUCGGUGCGCCUGUACCGAACUCUGGUGGAUAUCUGUGAACGUGAGUUUUCGGAUCAGGAAGUGGGACGGUCGGAAAACCCGUUGGCUGGCGUCUCGUCAGCAGCAUCAGCCAGGAUCAAGGCGAUUGCACUAGCGAUUUUGGCGCUGACGAGCGACAUGCAGCUGGAGCUGAUCUGUGCCGUGUUUGGGCUGUGUGCGCUGCUCGUGCAUGAGACGGAGCGCAUAGUUGAGCUGCACCGACACAGGAGGGGAGUACGGGGUCAGUCGGGGAGCCUGACAGGGUUGCUGGACCGGGAGAGGCUUGGGCGAGUGUUUGGGCCUUUGCUUACGGGGUUUGAGGAGGACACGAUGGAGGAAGGGAGGGAAGACGAGACGGUGCGGGUGACAAAGAUGCUGAUUGAGAACUGGCGGGGGUCAUUGAUAUCGAGAUUCUCUUUCCAGUCUACGACUACCUCUACAUUCGUUCAUUUCAUGCCUGGUGCAUUCAUUCGCAUAGAGUCUGGUCACUCUUUACCACUGCUUGAGAUUGGACUUCCGAUCGAUCGACAUCUUGACAAACAAUUGAAGAUGAAGAUCCUCGUCAUCCUCCCCUUCUUCCUAGCCCUCACAUCCGCCCGCACCAUCUACCACCGCAACAGCUUCAACUCCUUCACCCGCCGGGACAGCAGCAGCAGCAGCAGCAACAACCUCCAACCCUUCACAGGCACCUUAGGCGGCGCAGCACCCCCAGUCACCAACUCCGGCAACCCCCAGCGCCCCUUCGAAGUCAACGGCAACACAUUCGUCAACCUGGGCGCCGCGCUGCAGCGCUCGUGCGACGUGCAGUUCAAUGCCUGUGCGGACCAGGCGAAUGCGGGAGGGAAUAAGGGGGAGUUGACGGUUGCGGCGUGUCAGGCGCAGCAGGAUGCCUGCGUGCAAACUGCUUCUUCUUCCUCCUCGUCGUCCUCGUCCUCGUCGUCGUCGUCGUCUUUGUCCGCACAGGCUAGUAGUGCGGCUGUUGCUGCGCAGGCGGCUAGUUCGAGUUCGAGCUCGAGCUCAGUUGUGGCGUCGUCUUGUGGGAAUUGA